UCUACACAUGUACAGUAUCCUUUUAUUAAGAAGUGCAAGCUUCUGAGUAAUGGAGGGCUUUAGGACCCAGCACUGGCUCUCGCACAGAAAGCAUAGACACUAGCGCAGUAGCAGGUCUCUCCACACACACACACACUCCCCCACCAGCACUGGAUACACACUAUACAUCCAUAUGCACUGCUCACCCUAAUAUACAAGACCUCCUAGACAGCUCCUAUUCACACCCAUAUUUAGCUUUCGGGGCUGUAUGCGGUGAUUCUCUGCUCAUCAGUGAGCAUCAAGCAGCAGUGCUGGCCUUCUCCUGGAUCAGGCUCCUUUCUGCUGGACCAAGAGCAGACAGCAAGUGUCAUCCAGCCAUCACAGGGAUGGAGAGAAGAGAUAGGGGGAUGUGUGAUGGAAGACAGGGGAGGUAGGGAGUGUGUCAGAGGGAGACAGAGGGUUAGAGACAAUAUUCGUGUCUAGAGAAGUGCAGGGAGUCAUCAGCAACACUGAAGCGGCAUGUCUCAAAUGAAGAGGAACACAUACAGCAGGACCACUAGCAGUGGCAGCAGCAGGAUGAGUUCUGAUGGAGGAGGACGGCCAGUGAAGGUGGGCUCUGUGGUGGAGGUGAUUGGAAAAGGUCAUCGUGGCACUGUGGCCUACAUUGGCAAUACACUCUUUGCAUCUGGGAAAUGGGUGGGAGUCAUCCUAGAGGAGGCCAGAGGCAAGAACGAUGGUACUGUGCAAGGCAAGCGCUACUUCACGUGCACUGAGAACCAUGGGAUAUUUGUGCGGCAGUCACAGAUCCAGUUGGUGGAUGAUGGCGCAGACACAACAUCACCUGACACUCCUGAAGCUGCCACAUCUAAAGUUCUAAAGAGGGAAAUUCUGGAGGCUCCCAAGUCCAAUAAAGUGCGAGGAGCCAAACCCAAAAAGACUCCUGCGCCUCGUAAGACUACGGUCAGGAGGCCGAAGGCGCGGGCAGGUGUUGGAGUAAAGGUGGGUUCUGGCUCGGCUUCGGCAGCAGAGAUGAGCAGCAGCGAACCCAGCACACCUGCUCAAACCCCACUAGCAGCUCCCGUUAUCCCCUCCCCUGUUGGGACGUCCCCUGUAGCGCCACCCAUCCCAGUGCCGAGCAAGGAGGAGGAGGCUCUACGGGCUCAGGUGAAAGACCUGGAAGAGAAGCUAGAGACACUGCGGAUGAAACGGGCUGAGGAUAAGGUCAAGCUGAAGGAGCUGGAGAAGCACAAGAUCCAGCUGGAGCAGCUACAGGAAUGGAAGAGCAAGAUGCAGGAGCAGCAAAACGAUUUGCAGAAACAACUCAAAGAGGCCAAAAAGGAAGCAAGAGAGGCUUUAGAAGCGAAGGAACAUUAUAUGGAGGAGAUGGCAGACACUGCUGAUGCUAUUGAGAUGGCCACUUUAGAUAAAGAGAUGGCUGAGGAGAGGGCGGAGUCUCUGCAGCAGGAGGUCGAUGCACUCAAAGAGAAGGUGGACGAACUGACCAUGGACCUGGAGAUCCUCAAACAUGAGAUAGAGGAAAAAGGCUCUGAUGGUGCAGCAUCUAGUUAUCAUGUAAAACAACUAGAAGAACAAAAUGGCCGUCUGAAGGAGGCCUUAGUGAGGAUGCGUGACCUGUCAGCCACUGAGAAACAGGAGCACUCAAAGCUGCAGAAGCAAAUGGAAAAGAAGAACUUUGAGCUGGAGACAGUGAGGAUGCAGAAAGAGAAAAUUCAAGAGGAAAUGAAGAUGGCGGAGAAGACCAUAGAUGAGCUUAAAGAACAGGUGGACGCAGCUCUUGGAGCAGAAGAGAUGGUGGAGACUCUAACAGAGCGCAAUCUGGACCUGGAAGAGAAAGUGCGGGAGCUCAGAGAGGCCGUCACCGACCUGGAGGCCAUUAAUGAGAUGAAUGACGAGCUGCAGGAGAACGCCAGAGAGACGGAGUUAGAGCUGAGGGAGCAGCUGGACCUGAGUGCCGCCAGUGUGCGAGAGGCUGAGAAACGCGUAGAAGCUGCGCAGGAGACUGUGGCAGAUUACCAACACACCAUUCUGAAAUACAGAGAGCUGACCGCCCACCUGCAGGAAGUGAACAGAGAGCUAAUGAAUCAGCAGGAGGCCACCGCUGAGCCGCAGCAGCCUGCCGAGAUCUUCGACUUCAAGAUCAAGUUUGCAGAAACCAAAGCAUAUGCAAAGGCCAUUGAGAUGGAGCUGCGUAAGAUGGAAGUGGCUCAGGCAAACAGACAGGUGGCUCUUCUCACCACCUUCAUGCCCGACUCCUUCCUGAGACACGGAGGGGACCAUGACGGCAUCCUUGUCUUGCUGCUCAUUCCCAGACUAAUCUGCAAGGCGGAGCUGAUCAGUAAGCAGGCGCAGGAGAAGUUUGAUCUGACCGAGAGCUGCUCUCAGAGACCGGGCAUGAGAGGGGCAGUGGGGGAGCAGCUCAGCUUUGCUGCCGGACUUAUUUACUCUCUGAGUCUGCUUCAGGCAACCCUACAUAAAUAUGAAUAUGCCCUUAAUCAGUGUAAUGUGGAGGUCUAUAAGCGUGUGGGUUCCCUUUACUCGGAAAUGUCUGUGCAUGAGCGCUCAUUGGACUUCCUCAUUGAUUUGCUGCACAGGGAUCAACUAGACGAAACUGUGAAUGUGGAGCCACUUACUAAGGCCAUUAAAUAUUAUCAGCACCUUUAUAGCAUCCAUCUAGCUGAACAGACAGAGAACUGCACCAUGCAGCUAGCUGACCAUAUAAAGUUUACCCAGAGUGCUCUGGACUGCAUGGCGGUGGAGGUGGGUCGUCUGCGUGCCUUCCUGCAGGCAGGAGAGGAAGAAACACUAUUUUCUGUGCUGCUUAAAGACCUGGACACUUCUUGUAGCGACAUUCGCCAGUUUUGCAAAAAGAUCCGCCGUCGCAUGCCAGGCACUGAUGCACCAGGCAUCCCUGCAGCUCUAAACUUUGGUCCUCAGGUGAGUGAGACCCUGGCAGAAAGCAGAAGGCAGCUGGCCUGGGUGAAUGCUGUGCUGCAGGAGGUGGCUGCAGCAGGAGCUCAGCUCAUUGCACCACUUAGUGAACAUGAGGGUCUGCCAACACUUAAACUGGAGGACAUGGCCUUCAAAGCAGCUGAACAGAUCUACGGCUCACAGGGUAUAAAUCCCUAUGAGUGUCUGCGCCAGUCCUGUAACGUCGUCAUCGCAACCAUGAAUAAAAUGGCCACUGCUAUGCAGGAGGGAGAGUACGACUCUGAGAAACCCCAGACUGGGUUGGCACCAGUGGAGGUGCGAGCAGCUGCACUGAGGGCAGAGAUCACUGAUGCCGAAGGACUUGGUUUAAAAUUGGAAGACAGAGAGACGGUCAUCAAGGAGCUCAAGAAAUCCCUUAAAAUAAAGGGUGAGGAGCUGAGUGAGGCCAACGUGCGUCUGAGUCUUCUAGAGAAGAAGCUGGACAAUGCAUCAAAGGAUGCAGAUGAACAAGUUGAGAAAAUCCAGACCGUACUGGAUGAGACGCAGUCACUCCUAAAGAAGAAGGAGAAGGAAUUUGAAGAGACCAUGGAUGCUCUGCAGGCUGACAUAGAUCAACUUGAGGCAGAAAAGACGGAGCUGAGACAACGGAUAAAUAGCCAAUCAAAGAUGACCAUCGAGGGACUCAGAGGAAGUCCUGCAUCUGGCAUUGCAUCCAUUGUGACUGGUGUCACAACUGAGGAUCAGAAAGGUGCUGUAGGAGUGUGUGCUGCAGGAGGGGUGCAGGUGAUAGAUUCGCCGCUGUUGACGCAACAGAUUGAAGCUCAGAGACUCGGCAUAAAGCGCCUGAAGAAUGAAAACAACAUCCUAAAGGCCGAAAAGAUGCGUGCUCAGUUAGCCUCGCUCCCUCCACUAAAUGUGUCUAAGUUGAGCUGGCGUGAGGGCUGUAGACCAGAGGUCCUAUCCAGCGCUCUCUAUCGCAAAACAGACCAACUCCUGGAAACCCUGCUGCAGAUGAGUGCCAAUGUCAAAGUCGUAGACAUCACUGGAAAAUCUCCAGUGAGUCCCAGUGCGCAGCUUCUCGAGCAGACAGCAAGGCUGCAGUCUCUCAGUGAGACUCUUGAUAGGCUCAAGGAUGAAGUGGCGGAGCAUGUGGUUUCUCAGAGACCUGGAGCUCAGGCUUCGUCUGACUUCGCUACUUUCCCAUGCACCUCAUUUGUAAAGGCUAAGGAGGAGAAGAUGAGAGACAAAGUGUUGGUUGGUCGUGUGAUGGUGCCUUGUGCUCGGGGUCAGGAGCAGAUUCACCGGCUUGUUCUCUCUCAGCACCAGCUGCAGAGAGUGCAUCGUCUUCUUCAGACUUAAACAUAACUAUCAGCAAGAACAAGCCCUGCCGCCGCUUUCCUGAAAAACCUAGAUGCCGGUCACCUGUACCAUCAAAAAGGAUCUGCAUGACAUUUGGGAAUCUGGCCAAAUCAUGAAACGCAGUGACCCGAUUGGGAAAUGUUUCUUUGCCUUGCCAUUUUCACAGCCUAUGACACACAUGCUCCUACUGAGGUGGAAGGUAUUAACUGCUACAGUUAUACAAAACUCUAUUAAUUUACUUGAUGUCUAUGAAAAUAUAUAAUAGUGACAUAAUUUAAUAUAGAUUCGAUUCAUUUGGACAAAAUUCAUAGAUGCUGCCUUUUACCUUAAUAGGAUGACAUCAUUUACUUGCUGAAUGUGUUUGAUUUUUAAAUUGAUCUGAUUGUUAAUACUUAAGCUUCUAGGUGUAUUUAAAUAUUUUAGACGAUAGGUUCUCCAAAACAAUAAACAUCUCAUUUUAGAACGUUUUAAAAUUCUGAUGCUCUGAUAUAAGACUAAUACAAGCAGUCAUAAUGAUGUGCUAAAAAAUUACUUUUGUUCAGAAGAAUUAAUUUAACUGUGCCUGAUUUUUGAAGUGGCCCACUGCAUAAGUCUAUCAUGAGCUAUGGAGAUGAAGGGAUCAGGCGACAGGGGAAAAUGGUUUUAGGGUACCACCAUCCACUGGCAUUAAAUAAGGCAGACAGCAGAAAAGCAUGUACUGUAUUAUAGGAAAUUCAUUUCAGCUUUUAAAACAUGUACUGUAAAAGCAAUUUAAUUAGUAUAUGUAAACCAUCGCAGAAGUUUUAAAUACGUCACGUAUGGUUGGUUUAAAUAAGAGGCUAAACAUUUGAUGCUGUCCAUGAAGAACAGGCGUGGUAUUAAGACAAUUUAAGAUUAAGACUAAUUCCUAAUAUGUAAACCAAAGCUGUUGAAAUGUGCUACACUUUUCUGUGAACAGGAAGUUCAUUGUAGAGAAAGUCUGAGCUUUAACAUCCCAGAGAUUCGCACUCAUUAUAAAGUAUGGCAGUCAUUCAUUAUUUCAGGUGGAGGAGGAGGAGGGGUGGUUGGCAGAGGACAAUUUGCACAGUAUUUGCUUAAAUGUCAAUAUUCAAGUGGUCUUACCUAGUCAAUGUUGUCUUAAGUUAUUAACCUAUUUAUUAUGUAAAAUGCCUAAUGUUGCUUACUCUGACAUCGUCGUGAAGAAUGUGUGAAACGUCUGAAUA